AAAAUGGUAAAUCUGACAGCGUUGUCCAACGCAACCAAAGGCUUAAGAGACCGGGGUAUUUUUGAUUCAUACUUUGCAAAUGCACAGGCGCAGGCUAUUGAUUGGGUGAAGAUGCAGUGGUUUUAUCACUUCACCGGCCCUUUUGGGAGCUUGUACGAGUCCAUUAAAGAGCAAAUGUGGGAUUAUGUCAGACCGUUCAUAACUUAUAUGUUGAUUGCCAUCGGAAUAAUUAUAGCAGCUCUGGCUGCUGUUCUAAUCAAGAACUUUAUAGCGAUGUUUAAAGAAUGCUGUAUGACAUUGACUUUCUGUUCCAAGUGCUGUAAGAACACGUACACCUGCUGCUGCAUGUGCUGUCCCGACUGUGAAGCUUGUGAGGAAGAUGAUGGAAAGCAUAAACAUAAAAAGAAGCAUCAUCAUUAGAUACCUAUAUUCCUUAUUUUUAUAUGAUAUAUGAUAUUUUGUUAUAUGUACUUAUUAAAAUUUCAAAAUUAUUUUGUAUCCAUUAAUAACUCUUUAUUUUCUUGAAGAUUUGUUAUUAACAGUUUGAAAAUAUAUUUUAUAAUAUU